CAAUAAUUACAUGUAACUAUGCAUUUACCAGAGUCUUCAACAGUUAUUUAGAAGUGUCGAGAUUACUAGAUUAACAAAGUGCAAAUACAUGAAAAGAAAAAAAAAAAAAAAUUACACAGUAAUCGAGAAUUUGGAGUGCGCUUUAUUCAUGUGAAAGUGUGAUGGAGUAUAAUUCCCUUUGGCAUCCCUUCCCUUUCCUACUCCACUUGCCCAACAACGAAUGUCUGUACUACUACUAUCUCUCUCUCUCCUCUUCUUUCUCAGGUGAGGUGAGGUGAGGUGAGUAAAACGGCACUCCACUGUUACUGUUUAACUGUUUUCUUCCAUGAAACUGACGCCUGCAGAUUAGAAAUGAUUGAGAGAGGCAAAAUCAAAGUCCCAAUUUGUUUCGUAUCUUUCUUGCUACUGAUAAUACCUUGUGGAUUUUGCGCUUCUCUAAACCCUAACAUUCUUGGCGUCGACCCACGAGACAAAGCUGCAAUCUUGGAGCUCAAAUCCCAUUUUCACGGCUUCAACGAUGGCUUCUCCAUCUCCAACCGCUCCGGCAGGCUCACCACGCUCAACCUCUCCUCCCAUAAUUUGACCGGUGAAAUACACCCCUCUCUCUGCAACCUCACUCUUCUUCAAACCCUCAUUCUCUCACACAAUUCUCUGCGUGGCCCCAUUCCCUCCUGCUUCAAUCUCUUGACGAACCUCAAGCUUUUGGAUCUUAGCUACAAUUCUUUCUAUGGCUCCGCCCCUCAAGCUGUUGCCACGCUCAACCAGCUGGUGAUUCUUGAUCUCAGCCACAAUGAGUAUUCUGGCGAGAUUCCUGCGUGGAUUGGGAAUUUCUCUUCCAAACUCGAGAGACUUAAUUUGGGAUUUAACAAUUUCAGUGGGGAAAUGCCUACUACCUUGUAUUCUGCAAUGUCAUUGCUCUAUCUGGAUUUGUCACACAAUAAUUUGACCGGAGUUGUGGGUGAUUUCCAGCAGGCUUUGGUGCAGCUCAACCUCGCCUCGAAUUCGUUUUCGGGCACUCUGCCCUGCUUCUUGCCAGCUGCUAAGUCCCUCUCAUUGCUCAACUUAGCAAGAAACUCCAUUUUAGGAGGGAUCCCAGCUUGCAUUUCUACUUGUCGUGAGCUGACACAGCUCAAUCUCUCAUUCAACCAACUAGAAUAUGGGAUUUCUCCAAGAUUGGUUUUUUCUGAGCAGUUAGUUGCUUUGGACUUGAGCUUCAACAAGCUGUCUGGAGAUCUUCCAUCUACUAUUGUGGGGGCGCCUGACAAGUCGAGUCUCUUGCUCUUUGAUGUGUCCAAUAAUCUGUUGACAGGGGAGAUUCCAUCAUCUAUCACAGAGCUGAAGAACUUGAAGGCCUUGUUUCUCUCCCAUAAUCUUCUCAGUGGUGAGAUUCCGGAGAGAAUUGGGAAUUUGACCUACCUCCAAGUGAUUGAUCUGUCUCACAAUGCGUUGUCUGGAAAUAUUCCUUUGAACAUUGUUGGUUGCUUUCAGUUACUGGCACUGAAGCUGAACAACAACAAUAUCUCUGGUGAGAUUCCUCCAGAGCUUGAUGCAUUGGAUAGUUUGAGGAUACUGGCACUGAGCAACAACAGAAUCUCCGGGGAGAUCCCUCUCACCUUGGCAGGGUGCAAGUCAUUGGAAGUUGUCGAUUUGAGCUCAAACGAGCUUUCUGGCUCUCUGAAUGAUGCUGUAUCCAAAUGGUCCAAGCUUAGGUUUUUAUCCCUCUCACAUAACAAGCUGAAUGGAUCCCUACCGAGUUGGUUGUUCACAUUUGAAGCAAUCAAGACGAUCAAUCUUAUGGGCAACAAGUUCUCUGGCUACAUACCAGAUGGUAGUUUCAACACUAGUUCAAAUUUUAAUCACAGGGAUAAUGGUGGAUCAGAGUAUAGAGAUGUUGAAAUGCAGGUCUCUGUAGUAAUUUCUGCUAGAAAUGAAGUGAUGUUCGACUACGAGCUAACAAGCAGAAGUGGGAUUGACAUCUCAGAUAAUGCACUCAAAGGGGCAAUCCCAGCAGGGAUGUUUGGAUUGCAAGGUUUGCAGUAUCUAAACCUGUCACAUAACUUCCUCGAGGGUGAAAUUCCAGCAGGGAUGGGGAAGAUGUUUAGUUUGGAGGUGCUAGACUUGUCUCAUAACUCCUUUUCAGGGGCUACUGGAGGUUUCCUGGGGCGUUUGCAGGCAACCCAGGCCUCUGUCUCGAGGAAUCAUCAUGCGAUGGGAAGAGACGGCCUUCAAUGCUACUGAGAGAUGGGAGCGAGCAGGGACUGAUUUCAGUGAAGAUUUUGUGUGUAACUAGUUUUGUUAGUUUCUAUGCAGGUGUUAUUGGGCUUUGUUGUUAUGGUCAAACCAGAAACUACAUGUUGCAGACCAAAAACUACUGAUUUUUAUGGUAGAAAAGAUUAAGUAGCACCUUGUGUUUGCUUCCAACAUAAAUGUCUCACAAGAUUUAGUUUCUGUAAAUAAAGAUUCCUGCUUGUUCUA